AUUGAGACCAAAAUUAUGUCCGUCACACUUGACAACGCUUCAAACAAUGAUGGUGCGGUCGAUGCUUUGAAGGCCAAGUUCUUGUUCCGGAGAGGUAAGGACUUUGAAGGCCAAUAUUUUCAUAUCCGUUGUUGUGCACACAUCCUCAACUUGGUCGUGCAAGAUGGGACAGCGAUCUUAGAUAAUUUGAUAAACAGCUUGAGAGAGACGGUGAAGUACUUCAAGAGGUCACCUUCUCGUCUCCAUGCUUUUGUUGCCACUUGCAAAAGCUUGGGUGUCAAAGUUGGUAAUCAUUUACACUUGGAUUGUAAAACAAGGUGGAGUUCAACCUUUAAGAUGAUUAGCACUGCCCGUGGAUAUAAGGAAGCCUUGACCUCUCAUGCUGGUUCGAAUGCCAACUAUGCUUGGGCGCCGACAAACGCAGAGUGGGACAUGUAUGACCUUAUCUCUCCAUUACUUGAGAGUUUGGCUGAGGUGACAAAAGCAUUUUCAGGAAGCUUAUAUCCCACUUCGAACAUCUUCUACCCAUACAUUGUUGGUGUCAAGCUUGGAAUCAAACAUGCAAUGGCUAGUGACAGUGACCACUACAAGGAAAUGGGUGAAGCAAUGUUGGAGAAGUUUGACAAAUAUUGGGAAGAAAAGAACAAUGCCAUGGUGAUCGCAACCAUCUUUGAUCCUAGCUUUGAUCCUAGGUACAAGAUGGGUUACAUAGAGUGGGCCUUUGGAGAACUAUAUGGAGAAGGAAGUACGAGGUUUAGGACUGAGAUCAAAACUGUGGAGAAAGAGUUGGCAGCCUUGUAUGACAAAUGUGUUGCUCAAAAUAAGCGAGCUGGAAAUGGAGAAAGCUCAUCUUCCUCUACAAACAUUCCUAGUAUCCCGGUUCAAGCUGGGUACGAGUCCUCCUUAUCGUCCCGUUCAACAAGAAUAUCAAAGAGUGAGUUCAGGAACUACUUAGAGGAUGAGGUUGCCCCUCGCAACAAGGCUCUUGAUCUUCUUGGUUGGUGGAAAGAGAAUGCUCCAUGGUACCCAAUGUUGGCCAAGAUAGCCAAGAGGUUCAUUACUAUCCCGGCUACCUCCAUGUCUUCGGAAUCUACCUUCAGCGCGACCGGAAGGAUUUUAGAUGACUAUAGGAGUUCGUUAAAACCGGUUAUGGUGGAGGCAUUAGUUUGUGGUGCAAGUUAUAUCAAGGGUGCUCAUGUUGACUUGAAUCUGGUGCCGAGGGAUGAGAAUGAAGAGGAUGAUGUUGAGAACAUCAAGUUACCCACUGUGGUGGAGGAGAUCAACGAUUGACAUUCAUCAUGUGGAUGUUGAUCUUGCUAUUUUGGAGAUGAAUGUCAAAGUGAUCUUUCUCAUGUGAAGGCUACUUUUGCAUUUCUGUUAUGUUGAAACCUUUCAAGUCAUGAACUAUGAAUUGUCACUGCUA